AAGGACUAUUGUUAACUCGAAUAAUCUUCACUCCAACAAGCUAGCACCUUUGCGAAUCACCAUCGAGGCUCAUGCCAGGACAUCGACACACAGAAAAGUAGAGGAUCACGUGAGGCUUAUCGAUAAGCCUGGCCAAUUUCUUCCAGCGAUUUGCGACCUGCGAUUUGCGAUUUCUGUCAAGCGCAGAAUAAAAGUCCCUCUAGCUCCUCUCAGAAUUGUUGGUUUUCGAUCCUACACGGUGCAGUAACACUUUAAAGUCUUAUAGCGACACUGUCGCUAGGGGCCGUUUACACCUCAAUCAUGAGCCAACCAUCCAUCUUACUUCCUGGCGAACAAGUCCCCUCCGAUGCACUCCCCUCCACAGGACCAGCUCCACUGAGACUCGGAGCAGGAGCGCGAUUAUUACACAAGUCACAGAGUCAGCACUCAAAAGGUACACCGAAAGAUUAUGAAAUCGUUGCCACUCAGGCCGGUUUACUAUCCACCGAUCAAAAACGCAAUACUAUCACCAUUCAAUCCUUUCCCAACCAUCGCUAUAUACCAACUGUUAAUGACCUAAUCAUUGCUCAAGUGCACCGCUCUUCACAGGACUUUCAUCAUUGCAUCAUAACACCGCAUGCACCGUUUGCGGUGCUAGGACAGUUGGCGUUUGAAGGCGCUUCGAAGAAAACUCGGCCCAAUCUGAAGCAGGGCGACCUUGUAUAUGCACGUGUGCUCUCUGUGGGAGUUGGGGCUGGAACAGAUAUCGAGCUUACUUGCGUCAAUCCUGCGACUGGCAAGGCAGAGCCUGGUGGUCUGGGACCGCUAACAGGGGGGAUGCUGUUUGAUGUUUCGACGGGGCUAGCUGCCCGAUUGAUGAAAACGGGAUCCUCUGCGGCGGCAGAGUCAGUGGCAGUACUUGAAGAGCUAGGCAAGAAGCUUGAAAGUAAAGGAGGAUUUGAAAUAGCCGUUGGGCGGAAUGGCAAGGUGUGGAUAGAUUGCUCGAGUAACAGCGAUAUCGCUGUUAAGAUGACUAUCGCUAUUGGGCAGUGUUUAAAGGAGCUGGAUCGGCAGAAUUUAAGUCCAGCAGAACAGAGGAAGUUGGUAUCGAGAGUCAUACGAGAAUUGAAGAUUGAUGCCUGAGUUGUCGCGUUCCAAUAUGUAAAGUAUUUGUAAAUCAUUUCCAAUAUGGCCAAUUGAUGGCAUGGGCCUAGCUAAAGCUGUGGGGAGACAGAAAGCAUCCAUUAAACUCAUUAUAAUAUAAGACUCAUCUAAAAUCUUUGAUUUUGAUGUGAUUUAAUCAG